GUUGUUUUGAAUUGAAUGAGCCUUGCCCCCGAAAGAAUCACCGACGACACCAGUGCAGGUGUAGAGAUCGUGAGGGAUCUUGUAUGUAAGGAAUCAUCAAGUCGCUAAGUAGGACGUCCAUGAGUCAUUGCAUCCACCAACUGGCCGUGGAUGGAUGCCUUGAUCUAAGGUAGCUCGAGGAGACAUUUGUAAGCACUCUGGUCGUCGCCUAUUUUUAGACUCAAGUUGAAAACACGCCUUGUUGAGUCCAGUCGUGUUCUGCAUCAAGAAUCUUGAUUUUACGAUUGAAUCACUUCGCAAUGUCUACCAGCCCAACUUCUACCCGCAUCGUCAUAACUCCCGACAAUACAGGUCUCUGGGGAAUCAAACAAAGCGACGAGGCUGCAAAACGAACUAGCGAGCUUCUCGAGAAAGACUUGAAUCUUCAUCAUGUCUUCCUCAACCGAUCCGGCUUUCAUGAUCACAUGCUCCACCACAUGCUCGCGCUCUAUGGCACUGGAGCAAACGAGGCCCAGAUCCAGAGGGCAUUCGACCUGCGUCACGACCUUCAACGCCCUGUCCAGUCUCGCCACGACGACGUGGUCUCCGAGCUCCUAGAUGACUGGAGCUCCGCACACAAAUACCUCGGGAAAGAUGAACACUAUCCGGACUUUCUCGCAUACUUCCAGCGGAGGAUCGAAGCCGAGAGUUACGAAAAGGUCGUCUGUGACACACUGCUCAAGCGAAAUGCCGCAGCCAACAACAUGCUCCUCCGCUUACACGGCGGCGUGCUCCACUCGCUGAUCCAGCUCAUGCACGGCCUUGAAUGGAAACAGCCUGCCAUUGUCGCCGAGGGCCUGGCACAGACUGCGGUGCAUGGGACCAGCUCGCUCCACGAUCUCAUGCUGUCGAGUGAAGCUGCUGUUGAGGAGCACGCGCAAGCCACACGGAUGCCAGCUAUUCUCGACUUGUUCGAGGAGGUGCGGACGUCGACUACUUUGAAGGGUGCCGCGCGGUUCCAAGAUGACAGCAAGAUUAGGGACGGGAUUCUGCAGAGGGCUAAGGAGCCUAUGCUCGAGAUCUUGCGCAAAGUGCACGUAUUGGAUGACGAGCUUGAGGAGAGAACGGCCGAGAUGUUCCACGCGAUCAUUCUUGUUGCAUCCAGCGCAGCUGUUCACCCGACUAAGCAUGUCAAGUACGACUUUUUCCUCAUGCACCAUGUGAAUUCUGCUGUGUUCUACUUGACGACGCUGGCUCAACCGUGGCUUUCCCGAGAGGACAAAAGGCGGCUGCUUGAGUGGAAGAUCCGCAUGGACCUGAUCGAAUACACGGCUAGAGGACGAACCCCGAUCGAUGUUAACCUUAUCGCCUCUUAUCAUCCCAAGAUUCCGGGCGAACUUUCAAUCAGAGCGAUUGGUAACCGGUUGCAAGACUUUGGUGACGACGGGCACGGCAUAAAGCAGGCAAGGGCGACGGCGUUAUGUCACGAGCUUCUGAAGUCUUACGAGGACAAGUCUUGGAACAAACUGAAGGGUGAUGACUUGUGGGUGAAGAUUCAGCACAUGGUUGUUGACGCCCUUGAGGCUCCUGGUGCGCUGUAUGCAAGGUCAACUGGGUAUGAGGAGGCCUGGGCGGACAUGCCACCUAAGUCGGCGCCGCGCCGAUCUGACGAAGAAUUACGGGCUUUACAAACGGGAAGUGGUGCCUCAGUUGUGGCAUUAGCGUCUUCGUAAUCUGGAUUUAUCAGCUGAUGAAAUCUUCAUGGAGGGUUACAUUUCCAACUAUCCAAACAUGAAGUGUCUUGAGGACGGCCCCUAUGGACUUAGUCCCCAAUUCUAAAGAAAACUCCCUCGUAUUCUGAACUUUCUAUCUGAUAGUCUAUUACUUGUCUACGUUUAAGACCAGGAGGAUGUUAGAGACUCGUUUGAAAUGUAAGCGAGGGCCACUGAAU